UCUUUGGCUUCCUUUUGCUAAUGUAAAUUAGUAAAAUGUUGCCAGUAUUUUGGAGUAGAAGUUAUUUCCUUCCAAUUCAGAUUUGGAAUUUUUCCCUCUGGAGCAUGUUGAGAUCCAAUUCUUGUUUGCAUCUAGAGCUGAUAAGGGGUGGUAGGAGUAUAUCUUGAGGAGUCUAUGUAUCCCAUUGCAGGAUAAGUUCCCAGCUGAGGUCAUUAUAAGGUCUCAAGCUAGAGGUGGCUAGACUUCUCAGACAGGAGAACUCUGGGCUCUUUCACUAGUAAAGGACACUCAGGGAUAUUUUGGAACUUUUUGAUGUUCAAAAUCAUCCAAAUUAACCUAGAAUUCUCUAUUUCAAGUCUCAAGGUUUUUCCUCUUCCCAAUCAGUUUCUUCCCUUUCCCUUGACAUAACUAUGUAUUCAACUUACAUUGUGACUCUGCAAUCAUUCCAAUUAAAUUUUAUUUUCAGUUAGCUUAGUCGUAUGGCUGAAACAAAGGAGAGAUUCUUUUAGGUUCACCAUUAUGAGCUCUCUGCACUGUGAAUUUCAAGCCUUAGGCCUCAUCAUGCAAAAUUUCCAGCAUAAUUAAAUAUAUAUAGCUAUUUCACCUCUCAGUCUUUGAGGUACUCAUAAUUAUCACAGCGGUCACUAUAUCCCCUUAUACACUUGUGUCAAUAGGGCAGUUCACUACAAUCAACAUUGAGUAGUAGCUAAUUGUGAUGUCACUACAUGCCAUUCGUCAUUGGAUUAGAAUUCAGCAGUGUGUUUAAGACCAGUGUUGUGCCCAGAUCAAUCCCAGAUUCCCAUUUUAUCUUUCUCUUUUGAUAUCACUCCUAGUACCAACUCUUGUGUCUGUCAAUAUCCUGUCCAGAUAAGAAAAACCCACCAAGGAAAAUCAAUAUAGGAAAAUUUUAAAAAGUUAUUAGAGGACUGAAAAAUAAAAAUCGAACACUGAGAGACCCAGAGUUUUUAUUUUCAGCACUGCAGCUCUGAUGGUCCAGCUCCACCAGGACGCAGAUUCCAGAUCCUUAAAGGUCAGCCUAGCACCCUGAACAGCUCAGAGGGAGGAACCAGACCAGCAGUGCCUCAUACCUUGUCAUCGUCUGCUCUAGGCAGAUGGCUCCAUAAUCACAGCUUCAUGAUGGCAAUGGGUGAGCCUCUGGUGCACAUCAGGGUCACUCUUCUGCUGCUUUGGUUUGGGGUGUUUUUGUCCAUUUCUGGCCACUCUCAGGCCAGGCCCUCCCAGGGUUUCACUUCCUCAGAAGUGGUAAUCCCUUUGAAGGUGAUCAGCAGGGGCAGAGGUGCAAAGGCUCCUGGAUGGCUCUCCUAUAGCCUGCGGUUGGGGGGACAGAGAUACACUGUCCACAUGAGGGUAAAGAAGCUGUUGUUUGCCACACACCUCCCUGUGUUCACCUACACGGAGCAGCAUGCCCUCCUCCAGGAUCAGCCCUUCAUCCAGGAUGACUGCUACUACCAUGGUUAUGUGGAGGAGGUCCCCGAGUCCUUGGUUGCACUUAGUACCUGUUCUGGGGGAUUUCUUGGAAUGCUACAGAUAAAUGACCUUUUUUAUGAAAUCAAGCCAAUUAGUGUUUCUGCCACUUUUGAACACCUAGUACAUAAGAUAGACAGUGAUGAUACACAGUUUCCACCUAUGAGAUGUGGGUUAACAGAAGAGAAAAUAGCACGCCAAUUGGAGUUGCAAUUGUCAUAUAAUUUCACUCUGAAGCAAAGUUCUUUUGUUGGCUGGUGGACCCAUUGGCGGUUUGUUGAGCUGGCGGUGGUCGUGGAUAAUGGUCGAUACCUUUUUUCUCAAAGUAAUGCAUCAAUAGUGCAGCAUGAAGUAUUUAACAUUAUCAAUAUAGUGGAUUCCUUCUAUGAUCCUUUGGAGGUUGAUGUAAUUUUGACUGGAAUUGAUAUAUGGACUUCAUCAAAUCCAGUUGCUACCAAUGUAGACCUAGAUAAUGUUUUAGAAGAAUUUGCUACUUGGAAGACUUAUAACCUUAAUAAUCGACUACAAUAUGAUGUUGCACAUCUUUUCAUAAAAGAGAUGCAAGGCAUAAAGCUUGGUGUUGCCUAUGUUAAAGGAAUAUGCCAUAAUCUUUUUAAUUGUGGAGUUGACGUUUUUGAAGACAACAGGUUGGUCAUUUUUGCAAUUACUUUGAGCCAUGAGCUUGGUCAUAAUUUGGGUAUGCGACACGACACUGAAUGGUGUGUGUGUGAGCUACAGUGGUGCAUAAUGCAUCCCUACAGACAGUUGACAACUAAAUUUAGCAACUGCAGUUAUGCCAAUUAUUGGGAUAGUACUAUCGGUAGGGGAUUAUGUAUUUACCCUCCUCCAUAUCCAGGGAAUAUCAUUAGACUGAAGUACUGUGGGAAUCUAGUGGUUGAAGAAGGAGAGGAAUGUGACUGUGGAACCACACAGCAGUGUGCAGAAGAUCCCUGUUGUCUGUUAAACUGUACUCUAAGUCCUGGAGCUGCUUGUGCUUUUGGAUUGUGUUGCAAAGACUGCAAAUUUCUGCCACCAGGGACUUUAUGUAGACAACAAGUUGGUGAAUGUGACCUUCCAGAGUGGUGCAAUGGGACAUCCCAUCAAUGCCCAGAUGAUGUGUAUGUGCAGGACGGGAUCUCCUGUAAUGUCAAUGCCUUCUGCUAUGAAAAGACAUGUAAUAACCAUGAUAUACAAUGUAAAGAGAUUUUUGGCCAAGAUGCAAGGAGCGCAUCUCAGAGUUGCUACGAAGAAAUCAACACCCAAGGAAACCGUUUUGGUCACUGUGGUAUUGUAGGCACAACAUACGUAAAAUGUUGGCCCCCUGAUAUCAUGUGUGGGAGGGUUCAGUGUGAAAAUGUAGGAAUCAUUCCCAAUCUGAGGGAGCAUUCUACAGUGCAGCAGUUUCACCUCAAUGACACCACUUGCUGGGGCACUGAUUAUCAUUUAGGGAUGUCUAUACCUGAUAUUGGUCAGGUGAAAGAUGGCACAGUAUGUGGUCCAGAAAAGAUCUGCAUCCAUAAGAAGUGUGCCAGUGUGGUUCGUCUGUCACAAGCCUGUCAGCCUCAGACCUGCAACAUGAGGGGAGUCUGCAACAAUAAACAACACUGUCACUGCAACCGUGAAUGGGCACCUCCCUACUGCAAGGACAAAGGCUAUGGAGGUAGUGCUGAUAGUGGCCCACCUCCUAAGAACAACGUGGAAGGAUUAAAUGUGAUGGGAAAGUUGGGUUACCUGUUAUUAUUGUUCCUUCUUCCUUUGAUUCCUUUUUUAUUAUAUUGCUUACUUGUGCUUUUUAAGAAACGUAAAAAAAGUAAAAAAGAUGAAGAAUAAGAGAAAUGGGAAAAAGGAGACUACGCCUCAUACUUCAUUGUUGAAUCUCCAAUUUUUCUUUUAAUAAUAGAAAAAUAUGAAGGCAUGUCUUACUGUUUAAACAAAACUUCAUGGACAUUUCAUGUCAGGAUCACAAGCAUUAGAUAUCACAGCAAAGGAUUCCUAGCAUAUUCUUACUUCUCUAUGGUGUCUUAAGCAAUAUUAAAGGUUCAUUUUCCCA